AUGUCUGGAUUUGGUUCCAAGGGCAAGUGGGAGGCCUCCUCCGUCACCGAGAAGGACGUCAAGGAGCUCCGGGGCGCGGGGUAUCUACCUGCGGACAUCGCGCACAGGCUCCCCAACAAGGGUCAGGUCACGCCUACCCCGGAGCCCGGCGAGAGAGGCUGGACGGCAAAGGCGGAGCAGAUCAAGUGUCCGGCUCCGCUGCCUAAAGACCUAGCCACACCCCAGCUGACAGAGAUGCUAGCCCCGACGCCCUAUCAGGCGCCGGAGAAGAAGGCCAAGAAGAAGAAGGGCAAGGAGACCAAGAGCGGCCCCUGCCACAAGGGUCCUGCGGACGCUAUGUCCGGAGAGACCGAAGCCCCCUCCUCCCAUGAGGGAGACAAGGAAGAGGAAGAGGAAGAGGAGGAGUAUGUGGAGAGCGACUCCCCCCGCAAGGGGAGGAAGAAGAAAAGGGCGGCCACCGAAGACCCGCAGGGGGAGGCGGCCAAGAGGGGGAAGAUGACCCUCCAGGACAGUUCGGACUCAGAUGCCGAACUGGUCCCCAAAAAACCUCCCAGGGUGAAGCCCCUGGCCGAAUCCCCUCCCCGCGACCUCCCGAACACCUCGCUAUCGGAGGGGAGUUCUUUGCCACCUGAGAUGGCAGAGAGCGAAACGCCACCACGAGCCCCCUCGCCCCUCACCACGGAUGACACCGAGGCUUCCCUGUUGGCGGCAACCACCCAGGCCACCGAAGUUUCCGAGCUCAAUCAGAAACUGAAGUUUGCCGAUGAAGAAAUCGACCGCGUUAACAAGCGGUUCGAUGAGACGCAAGCCGAGGUCGAGACCCUCAAAGGCGCCCUUGCCCAAGCCAAAAAAGAGUCGAAGGCAAACAAGGCAGCCGCUGACAAAGCGGCUGCAGAGCUGAAGACCGAACAGGCCGCCCGCCGACAACACGAAGCUCGGGUGGCCGAGGUCGAACAGGAGCUAAAGGACGCCAUCGUCAGGUGCGAGGGUUUGGAGGAGAAGGCUUCGGCCCAAUCAUCCAAACUAGCCAAAGCUCUCCAAGAUGCUAAGGCGGCGCGGGUCGAGUCCCGAAGUGCUCGCGAGGAGAUCCACCAGGCGAAGCAAAUAGCGGCUGUUCUUCCGAGCCCAGGAGGGGAACUCGACCGAGAAGUUGUUCUGGUCGCAGUUUCUUGCGCCGGAGCAUCCGACGCCUCUGAACGACCAGAUGAAGCAACUGAUGGAGCUGCAUAG